GCUGGGACUUGUAGUCCCAGCAGAAGUGCAGGCUUGUCUAUGCAGGCAGCUAGGAUCAGACAUCCCUGUUGUAGCAGGUUGGUGAGAACUGAGGAGCCGCCCACAUAGACAGCACAGGCUCCUUCCGUGUCAGCUGUCUUCCUGGGUCACCUCCUCCACCUGCCUCACACCAUGGAGAGACUUCACUUCCAGGGGGCCGCAGGGGCCAUAGACGACUAUGUGGAGUACAGGAGAAUUGUUGGUGAAGAUGAUGGAGGAAAACUUUUUACCCCAGAAGAAUAUGAGGAAUACAAGAAAAAAGUACUUCCAAUUAGAAUGCAAAACAGGUUAUUUGUCAGCUGGAGAUCACCAACUGGAAUGGACUGUAAACUUGCGGGACCUGAGACCCCCUGCAUUUGCACACACAGGUACAAACAACAUAAGACCGAUUUUAAGGAGCUUCCCAAGGCGCGCCCCAUUCACUUGCCUUGUAAAGUCAGUAAAUGCCAGUGCAAGUCUUAUCACUAUGUCCCUCUGAAUGGGUCGCAGCCUAUUCGCUGCAGGUGCAAGCACUUUGCUGAUGACCACAGUCCGGCCGGAUCCUACCACUGCACAAAAUGCUCGGGUUGUGCAGGAUUUCACAGUUCUUUCACAUGUGGUUGUUCUCAGCCAGCAUUUGCUCAUGACACCGUGGUGGAGACAAAAGAAGAACGUCUAGCCCAGGGAAAACCCAUUGGUCAAGAUGUCCCUUACGCUGCUAUGGGGGGCCUGACUGGUUUUAGCUCUCUUGCAGAAGGAUACAUGAGACUAGAUGAAAGUGGGGUCGGUGCUCCUGACAGGAGUUUUUUGGAAGCAGCAGAAGAUUGUGGAUCCCACCCUUUUCUAAGAGCAUAUGGUCCUUCACCCUCAGCAGUUGCUGGACUUCCCAGUGCAGAUAAACAGUUGUCCAGUGUGAUGAGAACAGAAGAAGAUGACAUGAGUUAUUUUGAAAAGCGAUACCAAGAAAGAUUGCAGAAAGAAAAGGAACAAAAAAGACAACAUUCCAGACGUCCUAAUACCCAGCGACCUUGAGUACGGAGGUCUCGAGAAAAAUGUCUGCUUUUCUUAUAUUUAAAGGUGUUUUUUUCUAAUGUAUUUGUUUUUAGCCAAUAUUAUAUGAUUGUGUAGGCAACUUGACCAAUGCAGUUUUAUUAAUAUCAAAUUUUUACUGUAAAGCAAAAAGAGAAGUGUGCAAAAAAAAUAUAGUUCAAAUCCAGUUUUCUUUGAUUUUAUGUGUUAUUUCUUCAACAGGACUCUGUUGUUCUAAUAUUUGUAUAGCAGGUUUUUCUAAAGUAUAUUGUUUGUAGAGACAUUGAUAGUAAAUUAUUGAACUUUC